UUUAUUUAGAUCGAUGGUUCUUGCGUGUUUAAUUUCUCCUGCGACAAGAUUUUGUCGUAGAAUUCCGAAUCAGUGAAAGAAUUCGUCAUUUUUAAUUGUUACUCACAUUAAGUAAAUCAAUUCAUCAAAAUGGGAAACGAGAACUCAAUUCCUAUGGAACUAUGUUCGAAUUCACGUGUUAACUGCAUUGAUUUUAAGGUGGAGAACUUCGACGCGGACGAGAUCCGCCGCCUGGGCAAGCGCUUCCGCAAGCUGGACCUGGACAACUCGGGCGCGCUGUCCAUCGACGAGUUCAUGUCGCUGCCCGAGCUGCAGCAGAACCCGCUUGUGCAGCGCGUCAUCGACAUCUUCGACGCCGACGGGAACGGCGAGGUGGACUUCAAGGAGUUCAUCCAGGGCGUGUCGCAGUUCAGCGUGAAGGGCGACAAGCUGUCCAAGCUGCGCUUCGCCUUCCGCAUCUACGACAUGGACAACGACGGGUACAUUUCCAACGGGGAGCUGUUCCAGGUGCUGAAGAUGAUGGUGGGCAAUAACCUGAAGGACACGCAGCUGCAGCAGAUCGUGGACAAGACGAUCCUGUUCGCCGACAAGGACGAGGACGGCAAGAUCUCCUUCGAGGAGUUCUGCAACGUGGUGGGCAACACCGACAUACACAAGAAGAUGGUCGUCGACGUCUAGGCGCCGGCGCCGCUCGUCUCUCUCGCUCUAGCUAGAACACUAUCCAAUUGCGCGCGGCCGCUGAGCACGCGCGCGGCACACACGGGCUCGAUGUGCAUCCUAAAGGAACAUUUUACUUACAAAUAUCUAAAUUCAGAAUUAUUUUUCCCGAUUCGAUUGAUUUCGGGUCUAGUUUGUAGAUUUCUCGCCGUCUUCGUGUAAGGAAUUCGGAUUUUUAUCAGUGUGUGCAUCACUCGGGCCUUCAGUCGCCACACCCAGGGUCCUAUUACCGUAAAUACCACAGUCGCUGUGUGUCGGAGGCAGCCGAGACGCUGACCUGAACGAUAAUCAAAAACAGGACACACAGUGGAGCAGGUUUGUGCCAUACGCCGGCGACGCGCGCGCCCGGGCGAUGCACGUGUCGCGCUUGUUCCUACGUUUGACGUCAGACGCUUCCAUCGCCGUUAUGAGCGCUAGUCGCCAUCCCCUAUUGUAGUGUGAUUUGCAAAUUUCAAAAAUCUCGAAUUAUUAUUGCAUUUUGAGGCGCUAUCGUUUAAAAAAUUUCACUACUACUUAUUCGGCUGACGCAUACAGACAAGCGACAUCUUUAUCGUAGUAUUAGCGUCGGAUCGGAGCGCGAGCCCGGGGCCGCGCGAGGCAGCCGCCGCGCGCCCUCUAUCGUAAUUCAUUAAUUUACAUUUUAUCUCUUAAGAUUUACAUAUGUUUACAAAUUAUAUAUUAUACCUAGGUACGUUAGAGAAACUUUUAUCGUAGUCAAAUCAAAUGUAGGGUUUUAUUAUUUUGUUGUGGUAAUUUUAGUUGGUAUUGUUAUUUAGUAUUUUAUUUUGUACACUUUUAUCGGAGCCCGGCGGCGCUCGGCCGCCGAGCUGGCCGGCCGUCGGAUCGUCUACUUAUUAGAUCUUAGCGUAGCGUCGUGUAUUUAUUUUUUGAGAUAUCAUGUUUUACCGUAACCAGUUUUCGCUAGUGUUUUCUCG